AUGCCCUCUUUUCAACAUCAAGAUGAAUUGUUGUGGAUUUUGAAUAAUGUAAAUAAUUAUAGUCAAAAUGUACUUCCGAAUCUACUCUUCUCAACUUUGAAUCAAUCAUUACCAAAUAUACAGCUGCAGGAAACAACACCCAAUGAUCCACCUGAUAUUUUUUCGAGUAAUAUAUUAUUUACUGUUUGGUCAUGGUGUGUUGAGUAUGCACCUGCAUUGAAUGUUCAAAAUAGUGAGAUUUCGAAUGUGACGUGGAUUUUGAGUCAUCUAUUUGCACAUGGAAACUUUGCAUUUGCAUUAUGUUCAGCAACUUGGAGUGUUUCUAUAGCUGUAGCAAUUUAUGCAACAACGAAGAAGGUUAAAUGGAUGGAAGAAAAUUAUGUCUACGACAUAUUAUUUCACAUAAUUUCAUGGGGUGUUGCCUUAAUUUCAUUCAUUUCAGUAUUUACCUACAGAGUUUCUGCCAAAUUGACUGGAUUUCAUGACCAACAUCCAGAUAUUGAAAAUUAUAUUCUCACCUUUUUCAACUUUUUUGGAGCAUUCUAUCUUAUCAUUGCUGCUGUUGUGGACUUUUCUAUUUUGUACCUUAUUUGGAAGCAUGUCGGGAAUGUUUUAUCCAGAACUCAACUUAGGAUUGUUGUCAAACAGGAAACAAAGCGAGCCCAACGCAGAAUUAUUGGAAAAUUAAGCUUAUAUUUGGUCCCUUUUAUCUUUGUUCCAAUGCAAGGAUUUUUAAAUUUCCUAGUUUUUGGUCUGACAUUGGGAAGGUCAGCACUUGUUAAACUUUUACGAUGUGAUUGCCUUAGGGGCAAAUAUACAACUUCAGAAGAAAGAGAGUCCUUAUUGAGCAUUAACAAUACUAUGCUUAAUUCCUUAAAUUCCAAUGUUGGUGUUGGUAGAGAACGUUCUGCAUCUGAUGAUCUAAGUUCAUGA